CAAAGUCAUCAUUUCUUUUCCUACCUAUGGCUUUUGAACAACAAUGAAACCUUUCCAUGUGUGAAAGAUUCUUUGAAGACAAAAUCCAUAGGAACAAUUUUUGAUUUUGAAGGGUUUGAAAACAAAACUCACAUGCUUUAAGGUUUAGAUUUGAAAAGGUGAUGCAAGAAUUUUGCAAAUAUUUAAGGGUGGAAAAUGAGUUUCUUUGCAUGUUGUAAAUCACAAGAUAAGAAUGAAAACAACUCAUUGAAGGAUAGUGUUAAGGAUUAUCGUAUCAUGUGUUUUAAAUAUGGUAGUGCCAAAAGGAAGUAUAUGGUGGAAGGAAUCAAUAAUGAUGAAAAAGGAAAUAUUACCUCUAAGACAUUUUCUUACAAUGAGUUAUGUGUUGCAACUAAGAAUUUUCAUGCAAGCAAUAUGGUUGGUGAGGGAGGCUUUGGGAGAGUUUACAAAGGACGCAUCAAAAGCAUAGACAAUAAGGUCGUUGCGGUAAAGAAACUUAAUAAGGAUGGAUUCCAAGGAAGUAGAGAGUUUCUUGCGGAGGUUAUGAUUUUGAGUUUUUUGCACCACUCUAACCUUGUCAAUUUGGUAGGGUAUUGUUCAGAAGGUGAACAAAAGAUUUUGGUAUAUGAGUACAUGGCAAAUGGUUCUUUAGAAGAUCACCUUUUUGAGUUACCGCAAAGCAAAAAGUCUUUGGAUUGGUAUACUAGAAUGAAAAUUGCGGAAGGUGCGGCGAAAGGACUUGAAUACUUACAUGCGGAGGCAAAUCCGCCUGUUAUAUACCGCGAUUUCAAAGCAUCGAACAUACUAUUAGACGAAAACUUCAACCCAAAACUCUCUGAUUUUGGACUUGCAAAACUUGGUCCGACCGGCGAUAAAACACAUGUGUCCACUAGGGUUAUGGGAACUUAUGGCUAUUGUGCACCUGAAUAUGCAUCAACAGGUCAAUUGACUACAAGAUCAGAUGUUUAUAGCUUUGGAGUUGUGUUUCUUGAGAUGAUCACAGGGAGAAGAGUACUUGAUUAUUCAAGAGCAUCGGAAGAACAAAACUUAGUCAAUUGGGCGCUACCACUACUCAAAAACAAAAGAAAAUAUGCAUCAAUGGUUGAUCCAUUGCUAAAAGGGAACUAUCCAGCAAGGGGUCUAUUACAAGCACUAGCAAUUGCAGCAAUGUGUCUAUUGGAGGAUGCAAAUGCAAGACCUUUGAUUGGUGAUGUAGUAACAGCUCUUGGAGUUUUAGCAAUAAGGCAUGUACAAGUUGGUAAACAAAAAAGUACAAAAGAAACUUGUAAUGAGCAAGGCGAAGCAAGUUGGCAAAUGAAUUUGAUAGAGUAGAGAG